AUGUUACCUAGAAACUACUACACCGAUCAUGACCUACGACGUCGUCAAAUCGAUACGUUAAAGAUCUUCAACGAUAAUGUUACUGAGGUUAAGGAAAAUACUGAAUAUAAAGUGGAAUUCAAUGCAAAUUCACGAAUCAUGGUGAUAAAUAUAAAACUAGGAGCGGACUUCCCUAAUGAAAAGCCAGCGAUUUUUGUUCACCCCAUAUUUAAUCAUCCUUGGCUAGCUGAGAAUUCUAACCAAGUCGUGGGUGCUCCUGGUCUCUUAAACUAUACACUACAUUCUGAUUUAGGUAGAGUUGUACAAGCAAUCAUAAGAGAAUUCCAAAGAUCUGUCCCGAGUUUACCAAAUGAAGAUAAGUCUACAGAUGUGAGCCCUCAGUCCCAUAUUCAUGCAAACUCAGCAAUGUUUCCUGAACUGAAUGAUCUAAGUAUAGAAGAGUUACAGGAGGUUUUAGACAAUCCAGACUUGCAGGACAAGUUAUUAGAAAAUAACCCACAGCUAGCGGAAAUCGAUUUGGAGACAGAGGAACUAAUGAACAGCAUUGAGGAGAUAGCGCAAGACAAUCUGGCUAAGCAGCAGAUGCUAGACGAUAUGAAAUCUAAGGUACUAGAUGGUAUAUCUGCUAUAGUUCAAAUGAAGAUGAGCUAUGAAGAGUUACACAAGAAGUACCAGCAGCUCUGCGAGGGUUAUUCACCUCAUCGCAUCAGAGAUUGUCUGAAGGACGCAGCCCUUACCGCAGAUGAAGAUGCUGAAGCAAUUGCUGAACAGUUUUUAUUAGGCAAUAUAUCCGUGGAAACUUUCGUCCUUAAGUUUGCGGAGAAGAGAGCCCUGGGUCAGGCGAGACGAGCUCGCGAGGAGAGACUGGGCCACCAGCUAGCUCAACUUGAUCGCGCCACUACUUAA